CGAAACCGAAGGUGAAGGCCUCAACCGCGGGGGGAAAGGGCAUCAAAGCUAAAGCAGGGAAGUCUUCCUCUCCGAGCAUCAGAGCUAAAGCGGGGAAGACGGUAAAGAAAACCGCUGUUGCACCCAAAACAGAGACUGGUACUGGAACAUCCCUGGCGAAAAAAGCAAAUGAGAAAGUCGCGUCGUCGGCAACUAGUACAUCUUCGGAAAAAACAAACAUUGGUAAGCCGUCGAUGAAGAUGACCAGCACGAUGAAAGGAACUAAGGCAACGCUUCUUGCAAAGGUGAAUAAAGUGAAAGCAUCGUCAUUCUCUACUGCUAAUGCAAAGUCAAUUGCAGUUUCCAAAAGCAACAGAGAGAAGGACACGAAAAAACAAAACGCCGUCAUGAACAAGAUCAAGCCAGAAGUUAUGAAGAAGCAAGGUGUAGCAGAGUCGAAAUCCAAAAUAAGCAAAAAUUCUGCGUCCUCUUCUCAAGCUUCUACCGCGAAGACCAAGAACAACAACAAGCCGCAGCAGAGGGUCAGUGUCCCGAUGAAAAAGAAGGGCAAGAUGAUUUCAAUUUCAGCUGAGGAACUUCGCGAGAAGCUCUGGACUCUGAAAGUUCUUCGUGCGGACAAAAACUCUCCUGUGGAUAUUAUCGGAUGCAACAUGCUCGCUGAUGAGGGCUCUCCCGACGCUCCUUUCCACCACCUCGUGGCCGCUAUGCUGUCAGCACAAACGAAAGACGUUUAUACAGCCGAUGCCAUGAAAAACCUGAAAGCGUUCGAUGUAAAAAGGGCGGGCUUCGAGUCAUUUCAAGGAAGCCUGUCGGUUGUAUGAUUCGGGGUGAUUGAUUUGAUGACGCCUGUAAUUGAUAAUUCGUUGUCGUUGAUUGUACUUAGAAAGCUCAAUUAAGAAGAAUGUUAAGCAGCCAGGUAAAAAGGACUUCUUCAUUAUCACUUCUACAACUUGGCUGUCUCGGUCUCCCACACCCACCUUCUCGCUCUCCCUCGUCCGUUCAUAUAUUGCGAAGAUUUUGGCUAUGACGGAGGACGAAAUCGAUUACAUGAUCCAUAAGGUGGGUUUUCAUCAGCAAAAGGCGGCCAAUAUCGUGAAAACCGCGCAGGUUUUGCACGAUCGUCACGAUUCCCGAGUGCCCUGCGACAAGGAAGCGCUGCUUGCCCUGCCUGGGGUCGGGCCGAAAAUGACUUACCUCGUUCUCCAAGAGGCAUUUGGCCAAGGUGAUAGCGGCAUUUGCGUGGAUGUCCAUGUUCACAAGCUGUGCCCGAAACUGGGUUGGACCUCUGAAAACCUGAAGGACGCAGAGAAAACGCGUGUAGAACUGGAAGCCCUUCUACCAAAAGAGGAGUGGAAGACGAUCAACCCGCUGUUAGUCGGUUUGGGGCAACUGCUGCAGGCGCGCCCGGAGAUGCUGGUGCGUCAAGCGUUAUGGGCUGACACUGUGGGGAGCGAGGAAGCGUUGGCGGAGGCCGUAAAAGCGUGGCCACCGCCGAAGAAGGGCAUCGACGGUGGAUCGACAUCCACUUCUGCAUCUGAAGAAGUUGCUCUGGAUGGACAGAACGGAGGAGCUUCAAGCACGAAAAAGACCACAAAGAGAAACGCUUUGAAGAAACACGCUCUCAAACAAACUGCUACGGUAGAGGACGAGGCGGCGGCUCUAAGUGGUG